AUGUUUUCUUGGAUUAUUUUUGGAACUGUAUCCCUUAUUGGUAUUUUGGGAAAUGGAUUGAUCAUAGCUGUCAAUGGACACAAGUGGCUGCAAAACAAGAAGAUGGUCCCUUGUGAUUUUCUCCUGACUUGUUUGAGCACUUCCAGAUUUCUCACACAGUUGACAAUUCUGGUGAACAGCCUCUUGUACAACUUCUUUCAACAGACUACUUCGCCUAUUUACUCAGAAGAUUUAAUAUACAUUUUCUGGAUGUUAUUCAACAUGGUAAGCCACUGGUGCGCCACGUGGCUCAGUGUUUUUUAUUGUGUGAAGGUUACCAACUUUGCCAACCCUUUCUUCCUGUGGAUGAAAGCAAGGAUCAAUGUGCUUACACCCAGGAUGCUUGGAAUGUCAAUAGGAGUGUCCAUGGUCUUCUAUCUUUCUUCAUUAAUCAGUUUGUUUGAACACAAAAAGUGUUGCAAUGUGACAGAAACUCUGCCAGGGAACGACAGCCAAAAUGUUGUUUUUGUUCCUCUAGAAUUAUCUUGUUCUUCCAUCAAUUUUUGCCUGAGCACAACCGCAUCCAUCCUUCUGCUCACCUCUCUGCAGAGGCACACAAGAAAUCUUAAGAAAAGUGGUCUUGGUGCGAAGGACCUCAGCACUCAGAUCCACAUUAAAGUCAUGACAUCUUUGUUGUUCUGUCUCUUCUUCUACCUUUUCUAUUUCAUUGGUAUGAUAAUUUCUACUAAAAACAAUUAUGCAGAAACUGACGAACUACUUGUUGACAUCUUGUUAUCUCUGUUUCCUUCUGCACACUCCGUUAUAUUAAUAUUAACCAAUCCUAAACUGAAAGAAAUGUCUGCUCGUAUCCUAAACAUCAGACAUAGAACUUGA